AUGUCGAAAGCUACAACAAUAGAAAACGUCGCAUUGCUUGCCAUUCUUUCCACGCCACACGAGGCUAAUGAUGACAAGAAUGUACUUUCAGCCAACGAGCACGUUAUAUCGGAGACGAUCGAAGAAACGAGGAAGGAUGAAGAAAUGAUGCAGAAUAAGCUACUGGCACUGGACCGUAUUGCCAAGGAGAUUAGGGAACAGGCUUCAGAAUUACAACGCUCACGACAAUUCUUUGGAAGUCUAUUGUCUGAGAUUUGUCAGCCACAGGGUGGAUAA